AUGAAACACCAUCCAUUGAAUGCUCAGUUCAAUUACAGCUUACUGAAAGCAACCGUUGCUACACCAGAACUCAACAUUUCUGUCGAAAUAAAAUACUUGGUGAUUCCAAAGCCACUAAUCGAAGAUGACUUAUACUUUUAUAUCAUGUUUAUUAUUCAAGGUAUUAUCUGCCAAGUCAUUACGUUCUUUGGCAUACUUAGUAACAUUGUCAACUGCAUUGUCUUUAUUAAACAAGGUUUCUCGGAUACAAUUAAUGUUAGUCUCUUUGCUCUGGCAAUCUCCGAUUUGUGCUCGCUGCUUAGCAUCAUGUGGACCAACUUCUGUUUCAGUCCAGUUGUCAGAGAUUCUGGUAUCCUUUCUGCAGAGAUGCACAUUAUAUCAGGUACAUGGCCCCAUGUUGCCUUCUCCAAAAUAACCGGAUGGAUAACUGCCUUCAUCAGCUUGGAGAGAUGCGUCUGUGUCAUUCGUCCAUUAAAAGUCAAAACCAUUUUCACUAGAAAGAGACAUAUCACUGCAAUGGUUGUAAUAUUUGUUGUCACAAUGGCACCUUCAAGUCUUGGGUACGUUACGACAGGACUUGGUUGGACGUUCUUCCCCGAGAAAAAUAAAACGCUUAUUGGACCUAUCCACUAUUUAGAUGAAGUGAGUAGGAUGUACACAGAUUUUAUAUCGUAUGCAAUCUGCGGAGUGUUCAUGCCUUUAUCGUGUUUUGUGUCAGUUGUUGUCCUGACUACCAUUCUAGUUGUUCAGCUCAACAAGAAAGCCGCCUGGAGAAAAUCUGUCUCUUCGGGAACUACACAAAACAGGGCUAACAUAAACGAUGACGGAAUGGUUACUUCAAAGGAAACAAGGAUAGCCAAGAUGGUUGUAUUCAUGUCCACUAUUUUUAUUGUUUCUUUUUUUCCAGCCGCUUUAAUAUUUUUUACUGGAAUCGUUGAACCGACAUUUAAUUAUGAUCGCCUCAACAGGAAUUUGGUGUUUGUGACUCUGUCUAUAUCAUUUACUGCAGAAGUCAUUAACUCCAGUGUCAACACGUUUGUGUAUGUUAGAAUGAGCACCAAAUACCGAGAAACCUUCAUGAAGCUGUUCAAAAUCACAAACAUUCACUGUAUUCAUUCAAAUUCGUAG